AUGUGCGUUAGUUACCUUUCAAACCCUUACGUGGACGUGUACGUGGACGUGGACGUGGACAAGGACGUGGACGUGUACGUGGACGUGGACGUGGAUAAGGACGUGGACAUGGACAUGGACGUGGACGUGGACGUGGACGUGGAGGACUUGGACGUGGACGUGGACGUGGACGUGGACGACUUGGACGUGGACAUGGACGUGGACAUAGACGUGGACAUAGACGUGGACGUGGACGUAGACAUGGACGUAGACGUGGACGUGGACGUAGACGAGGACGUGGACGUGGACGUGGACGUUGACGUGGACGUGGACGUGGUCGUGGACGUGGACGUGGACAUGAAGGUGGACGUGGACGUGGACAUGGACGUGGACGUGGACGUGGACGUGGACAUGGACGUGGACGUGGACGUGGACGUGGACAUGGUCCUGGACGUGGACAUGGACGUGGACGUGGAGAUGGACGUGGACGUGGACGUGGACGUGGACGUGGACAUGGACAUGGACGUGGACGUGACGUGGACGAACGUGGACGUGGACGUGGACGUGGACAUGGACGUGGGCGUAGACGUGGACGUGGACGUGGACAUGGACGUGGACAUGGACGUCGACGUGGACGUGGACGUGGAUGAAGACUUGGUCGUGGACGUGGACGUGGACGUGGACAUGGACGUGGACAUGGAGGUGGACUUGGACGUGGACGUGGACGUGGACGUGGACGUGGACUUGGACGUGGACGUGGACGUGGACGUGGACGUGGACAUGGACGUGGACGUGGACAUGGACAUGGACGUGGACGUGGUCGUGGACGUGGACAUGGUCGUGGACAUGGACGUGAACGUGGACAUGGACGUGGACGUGGACAUGGACGUGGUCGUGGACGUGGACGUGGACGUGGACAUGGUCGUGGACGUGGAUGUGGACGUGGACGUGGACAUGGACGUGGACGUGGACGUGGACAUGGACGUGGACGUGGACGUGGAUGUGGACGUGGACGUGGACGUGGACGUGGAUAUGGACGACGUGGAUAUGGACGUGGACGUGGACGUGGACGUGGACGUGGACAUGGACGUGGACGUGGACAUGGACGUGGACAUGGACGUGGACAUGGACGUGGGAAGGGGAUGGGGGGAAGUAGGGAAGGGGAUGGGGGGAAGUAGGGAAGGGGAUGGGGGGAAGCAGGGCAGGGGAUACGGGGUGGACAUGGACGUGGACAUGGACGUGGACGUGGACGUGGACGUGGACAUGGACGUGGACUUGGACAUGGACGUGGAUGUAGACGUGGACGUGGACGUGGACGUGGACGUGGACGUGGACAUGGACGUAGACGUGGACGUCGACGUUGACGUGGACAUGGACGUGGACGUGGACGUGGACGUGGACAUGGAGGAGUUGGACGUGGACAUGGACGUGGACGUGGACAUGGACGUGGAAGUGAACGUGGACGUGGACAAGGAUAACUUGGACGUGGACAUGGACGUGAACGUGGACGUGGACAUGGACGUGGAGCACUUGGACGUGGACAUGGACGUGGACGUGGACGUGGACAUGGACGUGGGCGUGGACAUGGAGGUGGACGUGGACGUGGACGUGGACAUGGACGUGGACGUGGACGUGGACGUGGACAUGGUCGUGGACAUGGACGUGAACAUGGACAUGGACGUGGACGUGGACGUGGACGUGGACGUGGACGUGGACAUGGUCGUGGACGUGGACAUGGACGUGGACGUGGACGUGGACGUGGACGUGGACGUGGAUGUGACGUGGACUGGACAUGGAGUGGACGUGGACGUGGACGUAGACGUGGACGUGGACGUGGAUGUGGACGUGGACGUGGACGUGGACGUGGAGGUGGACGUAGAGGUGGACGUGGACGUGGACGUGGACGUGGAGGUGGACGUGGAUGUGGACCUGCACGUAGACGUGGACGUGGAGAACUUGGACGUGGACGUGGAGGUGGACAUGGACGUGGACGUGGAGGUGGACGUGGACGUGGAGUGGACGUGGACGUGGAGUGGACGUGGACGUGGAGUGGACGUGGUCGUAAACGUGGACGUGGACGUGGAGGUGGACGUGGAGGUGGACGUGGACGUGGACGUGGACGUGGACGUGGACCUGGACGUGGACGUGGACAUGGACGUGGACGUGGACGUGGAGAACUUGGACGUGGACGUGGACGUGGACAUGGACGUGGAGGUGGAGGUGGACGUGGACGUGGACGUGGACGUGGACGUGGACAUGGACGUGGACAUGGACGUGGACGUAGACGUGGAGUGGUCUGGACGUGGACGUGGACACGUGGACGUGGACGUGGACGUGGACGUGGACAUGGACAUGGACGUGGACGUGGACGUGGACGUGGAGAUGGACGUGGACGUGGACAUGGACGUGGACGUGGACGUGGAGAUGGACGUGGACGUGGACGUGGACGUGGACAUGGACAUGGACGUAGACGUCGACGUGGACGUGGAGGACGUGGACGUGGACGUGGACGUGGAGAACUUGGACGUGGACAUGGACGUGAAAGUGGACGUGGACGUGGACGUGGAGGACUUGGACGUGGACAUGGACGUGGACGUGGACAUGGACGUGGACGUGGAUGUGGACGUGGACAUGGACAUGGACGUAGACGUGGACGUGGACGUGGACGUGGAGGACGUGGACGUGGACGUGGACGUGGAGAACUUGGACGUGGACAUGGACGUGAACGUGGACGUGGACGUGGACGUGGAGGACUUGGACGUGGACAUGGACGUGGACGUGGACGACUUGGACGUGGAGAUGGACGUUGACGUGGACGUGGACGUGGACGUGGACAUGGACGUGGACGUGGACAUGGACGUAGACGUGGACGUGGACAUGGACGUGGACAUGUACGCGAACGUUGACGUGGAAGUGGACGUGGACGUGGAGAACUUGGGCGUGGACAUGGACGUGGACAUGGACGACUUGGACGUGGACAUGGACGUGGAUAUAGACGUGGACAUAGACGUGGACGUGGACGUAGACAUGGACGUAGACUUGGACGUGGACGUAGACGUGGACGUGGACGUGGACGUGGACGUUGACGUGGACGUGGUCGUGGUCGUGGAUGUGGACGUGGACGUGGACGUGGACAUGGUCCUGGACGUGGACAUGGACGUGGACGUGGAGAUGGACGUGGACGUGGACGUGGACGUGCACGUGGACGUGGACAUGGACAUGGACGUGGACGUGACGUGGACGAACGUGGACGUGGACGUGGACGUGGACGUGGACAUGGACGUGGACAUGGACGUGGACAUGGACGUGGACGUGGAUGAAGACUUGGUCGUGGACGUGGACGUGGACAUGGACGUGGACGUGGAUGUGGACUUGGACGUGGACGUGGACGUGGACGUGGACAUGGACGUGGACGUGGACAUGGACAUGGACGUGGACGUGGUCGUGGACGUGGACAUGGUCGUGGACAUGGACGUGAACGUAGACAUGGACGUGGACGUGGACAUGGACGUGGUCGUGGACGUGGACGUGGACGUGGACAUGGUCGUGGACGUGGACGUGGACAUGGACGUGGACGUGGACGUGGACAUGGACGUGGAUAUGGACGUGGACGUGGACGUGGGAGUGGACGUAGAGGUGGACGUGGACGUGGACGUGGACGUGGAGGUGGACGUGGAUGUGGACCUGCACGUGGACGUGGACGUGGAGAACUUGGACGUGGACGUGGAGGUGGACAUGGACGUGGACGUGGAGGUGGACGUGGACGUGGAGUGGACGUGGACGUGGAGUGGACGUGGACGUGGAGUGGACGUGGUCGUAAACGUGGACGUGGACGUGGAGGUGGACGUGGAGGUGGACGUGGACGUGGACGUGGACGUGGACGUGGACCUGGACGUGGACGUGGACAUGGACGUGGACGUGGACGUGGAGAACGUGGACGUGGACGUGGAGAACUUGGACGUGGACGUGGACGUGGACGUGGACAUGGACGUGGACGUAGACGUGGAGUGGUCUGGACGUGGACGUGGACACGUGGACGUGGACGUGGACGUGGACGUGGACAUGGACAUGGACGUGGACGUGGACGUGGACGUGGAGAUGGACGUGGACGUGGACAUGGACGUGGACGUGGACGUGGAGAUGGACGUGGACGUGGACGUGGACGUGGACAUGGACAUGGACGUAGACGUCGACGUGGACGUGGAGGACGUGGACGUGGACGUGGACGUGGAGAACUUGGACGUGGACAUGGACGUGAAAGUGGACGUGGACGUGGACGUGGAGGACUUGGACGUGGACAUGGACGUGGACGUGGACAUGGACGUGGACGUGGACGUGGACGUGGACAUGGACAUGGACGUAGACGUGGACGUGGACGUGGACGUGGAGGACGUGGACGUGGACGUGGACGUGGAGAACUUGGACGUGGACAUGGACGUGAACGUGGACGUGGACGUGGACGUGGAGGACUUGGACGUGGACAUGGACGUGGACGUGGACGACUUGGACGUGGAGAUGGACGUUGACGUGGACGUGGACGUGGACGUGGACAUGGACGUGGACGUGGACAUGGACGUAGACGUGGACGUGGACAUGGACGUGGACAUGUACGCGAACGUUGACGUGGAAGUGGACGUGGACGUGGAGAACUUGGACGUGGACAUGGACGUGGACGUGGACGACUUGGACGUGGACAUGGACGUGGAUAUAGACGUGGACAUAGACGUGGACGUGGACGUAGACAUGGACGUAGACUUGGACGUGGACGUAGACGUGGACGUGGACGUGGACGUGGACGUUGACGUGGACAUGGUCGUGGUCGUGGAUGUGGACGUGGACGUGGACGUGGACAUGGUCCUGGACGUGGACAUGGACGUGGACGUGGAGAUGGACGUGGACGUGGACGUGGACGUGCACGUGGACGUGGACAUGGACAUGGACGUGGACGUGACGUGGACGAACGUGGACGUGGACGUGGACGUGGACGUGGAUAUGGACGUGGGCGUAGACGUGGACGUGGACGUGGACAUGGACGUGGACAUGGACGUGGACAUGGACGUGGACGUGGAUGAAGACUUGGUCGUGGACGUGGACGUGGACAUGGACGUGGACGUGGAUGUGGACUUGGACGUGGACGUGGACGUGGACGUGGACAUGGACGUGGACGUGGACAUGGACAUGGACGUGGACGUGGUCGUGGACGUGGACAUGGUCGUGGACAUGGACGUGAACGUAGACAUGGACGUGGACGUGGACAUGGACGUGGUCGUGGACGUGGACGUGGACGUGGACAUGGUCGUGGACGUGGACGUGGACGUGGACAUGGACGUGGACGUGGACGUGGACGUGGACAUGGACGUGGACGUGGACAUGGACGUGGACGUGGACGUGGACGUGGACGUGAUAGCGGAUGGAAACGCGGAGGUGGACAUGGACGUGGACAUGGACGUGGACGUGGACGUGGACGUGGACAUGGACGUGGACUUGGACAUGGACGUGGAUGUAGACGUGGACGUGGACAUGGACGUGGACGUGGACGUGGACGUGGAUGUGGACAUGGACGUAGACGUGGACGUGGACGUUGACGUGGACAUGGACGUGGACGUGGACGUGGACGUGGACGUGGAGGAGUUGGACGUGGACAUGGACGUGGACGUGGACAUGGACGUGGAAGUGGACGUGGACGUGGACGUGGAGAACUUGGACGUGGACAUGGACGUGAAUGUGGACGUGGACAUGGACGUGGAGCACUUGGACGUGGACAUGGACGUGGACGUGGACAUGGACAUGGACGUGGGCGUGGACAUGGAGGUGGACGUGGACGUGGACGUGGACAUGGACGUGGACGUGGACGUGGACAUGGUCGUGGACAUGGACAUGAACAUGGACAUGGACGUGGACGUGGACGUAGACGUGGACGUGGACGUGGACAUGGUCGUGGACGUGGACAUGCACGUGGACGUGGACGUGGACGUGGACGUGGACGUGGACGACGUGGACGUGGACGUGGACGUGGACAUUGACGUGGACGUGGACGUGGACGUGGACGUAGACGUGGACGUGGACGUGGACGUGGACAUGGACGUCGACAUAGACGUGGACGUGGACAUGGACGUGGACGUGGACGUGGACAUGGACGUGGACGUGGACUUGGACAUGGACAUGGACGUGGACGUGGACGUAGACGUGGACGUGGACGUGGACAUGGACGUGGACGUGGACGUAGACAUGGACGUGGACAUGGACGUGGACGUGGAGGACUUGGACGUGGACAUGGACGUGGACGUGGACGUGGACGUGGACGAAGACAUGGUCGUGGACGUGGACGUGGACGUGGACGUGGACAUGGACGUGGACGUGGACGUGGACGUGGACGUGGACAUGGACGUGGACGUGGACGUGGACAUGGACAUGAACGUGGACGUGGACGUGGACGUGGACAUGGUCGUGGACGUGGACGUGAACGUGGACGUGGACGUGGACGUGGUCGUGGACGUGGACGUGGACGUGGACAUGGUCGUGGACGUGGACAUGGACGUGGAGGACUUGGACGUGGACAUGGACGUAGACGUGGACGUGGACAUGGACGUGGACAUGGACGUGGACGUGGACGAAGAGAUGGUGGAGGACUUGGACGUGGACAUGGACGUGAACGUGGACGUGGACGUGGACGAAGACGUGGUCGUGGACGUGGACGUGGACAUGGACGUGGACGUGGACGUGGACGUGGACGUGGACGUGGACGUGGACAUGUACGUGGACGUGGACGUGGACGUGGACGUGGACGUGGACGUGGACUGGACGUGGACGUGGACGUGGACGUGGACCUGGUCGUGGACGUGGACGUGA